AAUAGAAGGACAUUUAAAAAGAAAAAUAAGAGAUCAACUUAAUUUCUCAUUUUUCUCGUAAGCCUUCCAAAAAAAGAAAAUCUAAAUUCUGUUCUUCUAUGGUCAAUCAAUAAAGGAAUUUAAGACGACGAGUCCUUUUUCUUCUUUUUGCUUUUUAGUAAUUUUAUCUGGUUGGAAUCGGAGGUGGAGGAGGAGGAAGAGGGGAUGAUUUUACCUUUCUUUUUGCUUAAUUUUAGGGAAUUUAGGUUUUGAGAUCCCGGGGGUGGAUUAAUUUUAACUUUAUUAACUGUUUUAAUUAUGGGAUUAAGAAGCAAUAGUGUGGAUGAUGUAGUGGUGGAAGACGGUGACGGAGGUGAUGGUGGCGGUAAUGUUGAUUGCAGAAAUGGAGGGAAGUCUUUCGGCUCUGUUUCAUGCUCGAUUUGCCUCGAAACGGUUACUGAUAAUGGAGAUCGAUCGUGGGCUAAUCUUCAAUGUGGUCAUCAAUUUCAUUUGGAUUGCAUUGGUUCAGCAUUCAAUAUAAAGGGUGCAAUGCAAUGCCCUAACUGUAGAAAAAUUGAAAAAGGUCAAUGGCUUUAUGCCAAUGGUUGCCGUUCAAACCCAGAAUUUAGUGUGGAUGAUUUGACACAUGAUGACGACAUUUAUGAUCUAAGUUUCUCUGAAAUGUCAUUUGGAGUUCAUUGGUGUCCAUUUGGAAGCUUAGCACAACUUCCUUCAUCAUUCGAGCAGGGAGAGUUUUCGUCUACAACAUAUCAUGAGUUACUUGGACAACAUGCUAUCUUUGCUGAACAUUCUUCUUCUGCUACUCAUCCAUGCCAAUAUAUAGCUUACUUUGGGCCAACGAUUCAUCCCUCUUCCUCAAAUUCCAGUGGAAGUGUUUCAGAUAGUUCUAGCUUCAACGGUCACUGGAAUGGUCCAUCUGUGCCUAGUGAGAUACCUCCAUCUUACGCUUUUCCUGCAAUGAAUCUCCAUUAUCAAGGUUGGGAGCACCAUUCCCCUCCAUUCUCUACAUCUAACCGUCGAAUUGGUGGUUCCAGUCAACCUUCAAUUCCACCUGUCAGUCAAAGGUCUGCCAGGAACAUGCCAAGUCUGGGAACUUUUAUGCAUCCAUUUGUUGCUAGCCACAGUUCUGGUACUAGAACAGCAAGUGCAGUUGCUUCCUCAUUUAUCCCUCCUUACCCUGGUAGCAAUGCCCGGGCUCGUGAUAGAGUUCAAGCUCUCCAGGCAUACUAUCAACACCACCACCCUAGCACCUUGCCAGCAUUACGGACACCCAUUGUUUCUGGCUCCCGAAGGCUGGGCAGCCAUAGAAGUCAUGGUCAUGGACAUGGUCAUGUUGGACCAGUGGCCUCUUCAUCUGACCAUAUGGGUGGCUUCUAUUUCAUUCCAUCAGGUACUUCAGGUGGCCGGAACUUUCAAGAGCCCGAAAACCCUAUGUCAUCUCAGUUCCAUGCUUGGGAAAGAGGCCAUUUAUCAUCAUUUUCACUAAGCCAGGUUGAGAGAGAUCCAGGUUGGGGUGCAUUCCAUGAGGCUGCCACCAGUGGUUCAGAUCCCGGAUGCAGUUUCCGCCAGAGGCUUGGAUCUGAGAGGCCACCUUCACAAAGUUCAUAGUGUUUUACUCCUUUAUUCCCCCUCCUGGGUGAGGCAAACUAUAUCUACUAUGAAUGAAACCAUAAUGUUAUGUACGCUUGAGAGACAGAUGAAAGAAUGCUCAAACCUGUGGAUCCUGGCUGGCUGAAAAACUGUGUUAAAAGUGGCCCGAAAACGAUCUUUAUGAUAGCCUUGGCGGUGUGCUUCA